AUGAAGCUCAGCGCCACGAGGACGAUCAGACCGCGGCAGCGCACGGCGUCUGUAUCUACUGCAGGAAGUGCUUGCAUGCCCCUGCGGCCGACGAGCGAUGGCUCGGCGAGCGGCACGCAGUCGGCCGGUUGCCUCGCUGGCAGCAGCGUGGUGCUCAGCGGCGAGGAGGCCGGGGUGAUGUCGGAGUUCGGUUCGGUGGACGACGGCGAGUCGGCGAGCAGCAGCUUCCCCAGCGUCCCCGGCGGCGAGAUCGGCGACGGUGGGGCGGAGCAGGUUGGUGUUGGUGUGCGCUUGAGCCGGGCAAGUGAGCAGAGCAAGUCUGCGCGAGAAGCGCUGGCCGGGUUUGCUUGGCUAGCCUAA